GCAGUGGUUGGACUCGGGCUUGUCAGUCUGCGGCUGGGGGUGGUGUAGAAUUUGAGGUGAGGGGGGUAGGAUUUUUCCCCCCCCUGUGAAGCGCCCCGGUGAAUGAGCUGAGGGAGGAGUGGGGUAUCCGGGUGCUUUGGCAGCUGAAGGGAGGAUGGGGUCCAGAGGCACAGGCUUACCUUACCCUGUAAUUGGCUACCAUUGGGCGGCUGCAUCCCUGGUCCAGGCUCUGCAGCUCUGACCGAGACACAGAGAAGAAGAAAAAGAGACAGCUUGGGAGCGGGCGUACAGAGAGGGGACAACCGGAUCGUACGGAUCAGAGACAGGUGGCUGUAGGCGAUGGAAUGAGACAGACUGUGGGCUGAGAGGACAGAGGUGCGGAGAGGGCAGAAGGGACAUUCAGGGUGGUGUACAGGAAGGCAACUGAAGUACCCAGAGAUUAGUGGGGAGACAGCUGGGGGUUUAGCCUGGGAGGGUCAGCAGCAGGACUGGGGUACCCAGAGACUAGUGGGGAGACAGCUGGGGGUUUAGCCUGGGAGGGUCAGCAGCAGGACUGGGGUACCCAGAGACUAGUGGGGAGACAGCUGGGGGUUUAGCCUGGGAGGGUCAGCAGCAGGACUGGGGUACCCAGAGACUAGUGGUGAGGCAGCUGGGGGUUCAGUUUGGGAGAAAGAGCAGCAGGACUGGGGUACCCAGAGACUAGUGGUGAGGCAGCUGGGGGUUCAGUUUGGGAGAAAGAGCAGCAGGACUGGGGUACCCAGAGACAGAUUAGUGGGGAGACAGCUGGGGGUUCAGUUUGGGAGAAAGAGCAGCAGGUCUGGGGUACCCAGAGACAGAUUAGUGGGGAGACAGCUUGGGGUUCAGUUUGGGAGGGUCAGCAGCAGGACUGGGGUACCCAGAGACAGAUUAGUGGGAGGCAGCUUGGGGUUCAGUUUGGGAGAGAGAGCAGAUAGACUGGGGUACCCAGAGACACAUUAGUUGGGAGACAGCUUGGGGUUCAGUUUGGGAGGGUCAGCAGCAGGACUGGGGUACCCAGAGACAGGCUGAGGGAUGUAGUGGGGUUCAGGGCAGGGGAGAGAGGCAUGCCUGCUGACAAGAGAGACUGUUCCCAGGGAACAGGAGGAAAAGUGGUGCCAAUACAGCAGUGGAUGUGACUUUAGUCAGGGUCCAAAAUAUCUGGCUGGGGGAAAGGGAAGAAACCCAGGCACAUAAAAGAGACAGCAGUGCUGCCAUUACCAAGGCAGGGCAGCCGGAGACAGCAGCCUCAGAAGAAAGAGACCUCGGGCAGGAGGAGGGGGCACGGGCUUCAUUUGACUCUGUGAAUGGACUCUGUUUAUCACUGGAAUAUCACCCUGUACAUCUCAUCUAAUGACCAAGUCCUCAUCCCUUGAGUUGGGUUGGAAGUUUUUCCUGGAUCUAUUGGACUCAAGCUCCUGGCUGUUAAGGAUGGGCCUUAUAUUUCAUUUCUGCUGACACAAGUCAAGUCCGUGUUCUUUUUCCCACCCAUUUGCCUUGACUGGAUCUGUCAUACAUAUAUAUAUAUAAAUAUAUUUAUUUUUUUCCCUGUGGUGCCUUUUCUUCUGGUUAACGUUUUCUAACUCGUGCUUGGCAAGAUGAUGUGCGAAGUGAUGCCCACUAUUAAUGAGGACAACCGCCGGGGCUCCACUUAUAGCUCCGAUGAUGCUAACUUUGAGCAGCUGAUGGUGAACAUGCUCAAUGAGCGGGAACGACUAUUGGACACGCUCCGGGAGACUCAGGAGAGCCUUGCCACGGCUCAGUUGCGCUUGCGCGAAUUGGGCCACGAGAAGGAGUCCCUACAGAGGCAGCUGAACAUUGCACUGCCACAGGAGUUUGCAGCCCUCACCAAGGAGCUCAACCUGUGCCGGGAGCAGUUGUUAGAAAGAGAGGAGGAGAUUUCCGAGCUGAAGGCUGAAAGGAACAACACUAGGCUGCUGCUGGAGCAUUUGGAGUGUUUGGUGUCCCGGCAUGAGCGAUCUCUGAGAAUGACGGUGGUCAAGAGGCAAGCACAGUCGCCCGCUGGCGUCUCCAGCGAGGUAGAAGUCUUAAAAGCCCUCAAGUCCCUCUUUGAGCACCACAAGGCCCUUGAUGAAAAGGUUCGGGAGCGCCUUCGUGUGGCCCUCGAGAGGGUGGCAGUACUGGAAGAAGAACUGGAGAUGUCUAGCCAAGAGUCUAUUGCACUUCGGGAGCAGCUUGCAAGGAGAAGAUCAGGAAUUGAUGAUGGGGGUAAAGAUGGCGAUACACCAAGCUCGACCAUACUAAACGGCUCCUCCCACCUGGAACUGCGAGGAGGCAGGGAAUCAGAGCUGGAGGAGAUGCUGGAGAAACAGAGGCUUGAGCUGUGCCAAUUAAAGGAGCGGUUGACCAUGAUGUGCCGUCAAAUGGCGGAACUUGAAGAAGAGCUAAAUACAGCCCAGAAAGAUCUCAUAAAAUCUGAAGAGGUCAAUGCCAAGCUCCAAAGGGACCUCAAGGAGGCUCUGGCACAAAGAGAAGAUAUGGAGGAAAGAAUAACUACUCUGGAGAAACGUUACCUUAGUGCACAGAGAGAAGCCACUUCGCUCCAUGAUGUCAAUGACAAGCUGGAGAAUGAACUGGCAAGCAAAGAAUCCCUUUACAGACAGAGUGAAGAGAAGAACCGGCAGCUUCAGGAGUGGCUGGAAGACGCCAAGCAGAAAUUGCAGCAGACCCUGCAGAAGGCGGAGACUUUGCCAGAGAUCGAGGCUCAGCUGGCGCAACGAGUGGCAGCACUCAGCAAGGCUGAAGAGCGGCAUGGAAAUUUUGAGGAGAGACUCCGUCAGCUCGAAGCGCAACUGGAAGAGAAGAACCAGGAGUUACAACGGGCACGUCAGAGGGAGAAGAUGAACGAUGAGCACAACAAACGUCUCUCUGAGACGGUAGAUAAACUCCUGUCUGAGUCAAAUGAACGGCUGCAGCUGCAUCUAAAGGAGCGGAUGGGGGCCCUGGAAGAGAAGAACACUCUCUCGGAAGAAAUAGCUAACAUGAAAAAGCUACAGGAUGAGCUCCUUCUCAAUAAGGAGCAGCUUGUGGCAGAGAUUGAGAGGAUGCAACUGGAAAUUGACCAGCUGAGAGGACGACCUUCUUCCACAUACUCCAGGUCUCUCCCAGGCAGUGCCCUGGAACUGAGAUACUCGCAGGCACCGACACUCCCCAUGGGCAGCCAUGUCGAUCACUACGGUAGCACAGCAGUCAUCAGGCGGCCUAAAAAAGGGCGCUGGGCAGCCAUGAAGGAUGAUCCAUCUAAGACUCGGACACUGGAUGAGCAGGACUGGGAGCGUGCCCAGCAGGCCAACGUGUUGGCUAAUGUGGCCCAAGCCUUUGAAGCUGACUUGGAUGGCUCUGAUGAAGAUGACAGAGACACUAUUUUCAGCUCAGCGGACCUGCUGUCUCCCAGUGGUCAGACAGAUGUACAGACGCUCGCGAUCAUGUUACAGGAGCAGCUUGAAGCCAUUAACAAAGAGAUAAAGUUAAUCCAAGAGGAAAAGGAGACAACAGAGUUGCGGGCUGAAGAAAUAGAGAGUCGAGUGACCAGCGGCACUCUGGACGGAUCACUGGGACGCUACCGUUCUGCCAGUUCCAUCCCCACCUCCGUCACCACAUCAACUCUAGCCAGUCCCUCACCACCCAGCAGUGGGCAUUCCACCCCGCGCAUCACGCCACACAGCCCUGCCAGAGAAGGAGACAAAUUUAAUCACCUUCCAAAAGAGGACAGUCGUGAUGAAAAGGCAUUAAUGCAAUGUGAGACCACCGCUCCACUUACUCCACGGGCAGUGAGGUUGGAAAGAAUGACACAGGCUCUGGCUCUCCAAGCCAGCUCGCUGGAGGAUGGAAGAGAUCAACGGGCCAGCUUGGCAGCAGAUGGUCUGGGAGGGACAAACAGUACCAGCCAAGAUUCUCUACAUAAGGCUGCUAAAAAGAAGAGCAUCAAGUCCUCCAUUGGACGCCUGUUUGGCAAAAAGGAAAAGGGGCGCAUGGGACAGAUGGGCCGUGAAUCCUCUUCCGCUGCCGGAACCCCCUCAGAGGAGACCUCCCCAGCUGACCCUAUGGGUCUGUCCAAAUUGGGCGGACCUGUGGAUAAAGAUCGCAGGAACAAGAAGAAGCAUGAACUGCUGGAAGAAGCCUGCCGGCAGGGACUUCCUUUCGCUGCCUGGGAUGGACCCACUGUUGUUUCAUGGUUGGAGCUAUGGGUAGGCAUGCCCGCCUGGUAUGUAGCAGCUUGCCGUGCUAACGUAAAAAGUGGAGCUAUCAUGGCCAACCUUUCUGAUACAGAAAUCCAGCGGGAGAUUGGCAUCAGCAACCCCCUCCAUCGGCUGAAACUGCGCCUUGCUAUCCAGGAGAUGGUAUCGCUCACUAGUCCCUCCGCACCGGCCACCUCACGUACGUCGACAGGUAAUGUGUGGAUGACCCACGAAGAGAUGGAGACCCUGACAGCAACCACUAAACCAGAGACUAAGGAAAUCAGCUGGGAACAGAUUCUGGCGUAUGGUGACAUGAACCACGAAUGGGUGGGCAACGACUGGCUGCCAAGUCUCGGUUUGCCCCAGUACCGUAGCUAUUUCAUGGAAUCAUUGGUUGAUGCAAGAAUGUUAGACCACUUGAAUAAAAAGGAGUUGCGAGGACAACUCAAAAUGGUGGAUAGUUUUCACAGAGUUAGCCUCCACUAUGGUAUAAUGUGCCUAAAGAGACUGAACUAUGACAGGAAGGAGCUGGAGAGGAGAAGAGAGGAGAGUCAGAACCAGCUGAAAGAUGUGAUGGUUUGGUCUAAUGAGCGAGUAAUGUGCUGGGUGCAAGCCAUUGGAUUGAAGGAAUAUGCCAACAACCUCCAGGAAAGUGGUGUACAUGGAGCUCUCAUAGCAUUGGACGACACAUUUGACUUUAAUGACCUGGCGUUGUUACUACAGAUCCCAACACAAAACACACAGGCUCGACAAGUUCUAGAAAAGGAGUUCAGCAGUUUAAUUUCAAUGGGGACAGAACGAAGGUUGGACGAGGACAGUGCCAAGACUUUCAGUCGCUCUCCUUCCUGGAGGAAGAUGUUCCGUGAGAAGGACCUGCGAGGAGUCAGUCCUGAUUCAGCGGAAAUGCUGCCGCCAAAUUUCCGCACAGCGGCCGUCUCCUCCAUUACCUCACCCGCCGUACAGCUCCGUAAGAUGCAGUCUGAAGGAAGCACUUCCACCAGCCCACGUGCAGACAAUGUCUCAGUCAGAACUUAUUCCUGUUAAUGCCGUGCUGACACGGUAUCGUCAUUGGGGCAAUAAGGUCACUGAGGGCACUUUUUUUGUCAUAUGAUCACUACGUCAGAGGAGCUCGACCAAUAAGAUUUUUUUUUUUCUUUCCCUCAACAAUGACACUACUUGCUCAAGUGGAUGCUGCUGGGUGUUGUGUUGUAGGGAUGCUGGAGGGAUGGGAGAGUCGGAUGAAACCAUGUACAUUUCUGCAAAUAGGCCCUCCAGCCUGAGGAUCUUUCUACACGGACCCUGGAUGCUACUUGUGCUACAUAAGGAACAGGCUGAGCAUGAAAGGAACAUCCAUCUUUCCUUCAUUGCUUACCUUCUCCAACAAGAGGCGACACUUGGUAGACCCUUUCGGCACGGGAGGGUUUAAAGGUCAAAACCGUGAAUUUGAUCCGUGGGAAGAGGGAAAUACCAUCAAGGUUCUAUAUUAGAUUUUAUGUUUUGUCAUCUGUUCUGGUUCCUAUUGAGCUAUGCAGAUUGCAGCCACUCCGGGGCCUCAAAGAUUUCCGACUGGAGAUUCCGUACAAAGCCAUGUUUCAGCUGGUCCAGGGGACGAGUGGAUUUAAGACAAUGGAUGGAUUCGCUGUUCAGGGGAUACACCUGGUUCAGUUGUCUGGUUUCACUUGGUAACAUCAUCUGUUUAAGCCGCAUUUGUUCAUUGGACGAUUGGGCUGCACCACAUAUUGUUGUGAAUGAAUUCCACGCUUUGAGAUCUUUAGCCACAAUGCCAUAUUGGGGCGGCAGGGGUGUACCGUUACCACCAAAUACUCUUUAUUUAUUGUUAUUUAUUCUUUAUGUUACGUUCACUGCUGGUCAAAGCAGUAAGGCACAAGGCAAAGAGUGCGCACAGCCUGAAGGAAUGGCAGUUAGUUAGGUCCUUGUGAAGCAGGUUGAUGGAAGAACUCGUCAGGAUCAAAGCAGGGUUUUAGCGUCCCCGCAAUCGGGAUUUGGGUCAGACGUUUUACAGUUUCUUGUUUACAGGUGAAAAAAAAAAAAAAAACAAAGUCGGUCAGUUACAUGGAGUGUUACGUCUUGUAUGAUAGUUUGUGAGUCUGUAAGUGCUCAGUGUCUCUGCAACGGUGAGAAUUCUUUCCGUAACGCUGACGCUCAUUCUCUGUGCCAUUCUCUAUAGUGGGUCCAUACGAUCCCAACCUGCGACUCUGAGCAAAAACAAAAAACGCCCCAAAUGAGUUCAUGUUCAUGCAGCACCUCUGCUGGGUCACUUCUGAAGAGCUUAAAUGCCUUAAAUAAUUAGGAUUUUAUUCUUUUUAUCGAUAGGGCCCUAUAGGAUGUAAAAUAGUAACAUAGAUUUGCUUCUGCGCCCAACAGGGUAAUGUGGACUCAGUCUCUGUUUACAUGUGGUCGGAAUAAUAGCAGCACCCACCUAUUGCACUUGUCUGUGUUUCCUUUAACCUCCCCCCUAAGAACUGAGACCUUUUUACAUCUAUCAUCUGCUGUUCCUAGAGGCAGGCCUGGUUUUACAGCCAAAUUGGUCAUAGGCCAUGUAUCUGAUUUAUGUUACAAAUGCCCCAGGGAAGUUGCCCCGCAGUUAUUAAACUCAAACUGCCAGCGCCCCACCGACAGCCAAAAGCUGCCACGGGUUUCUGGGCAUUUUAGGAGAGCUGUAGGGUUGGCAUCCAUAUUUUGGGCUUGCACUUUUUUCUCAUUGCCCUGCAACCCUUCUUCUUUAGCUGUGCCCGUGACUGGCACUGUCUUUUGUUUUUAGUUGCCAUUUUUUUUUAUAUGGUUUGUGUGCCAUGGCCGUGCCAAAACUGUGUGGAAGAUUUACGUGCUUGUACUUGCUGUAAGAGUAAUGUAAAGGGUUAGUGUUAUGGGUUUAAAGGGCAUUCUAGAACACAACUGUGACUUGUGAAUCUCGCGAAGAUCAAAUUUUAGGCAUUAGGCACUUUUAGUUCUGCAACUUUUAGCUUCUUGAAGUCUAUAGGGUAAUGAAGGGUAUUAGAAGGCUGCUCUGGUAAAGAACUCACCUCACCUUCUGAACAUGAACAACUUGGGAGUUGAUAAGAUAAUAAAUGUUGCUGGGAAGUGCCUUGCUGACCCACGAAAUGUACGGGGGCAACCCUCAGCCUGCAUGUUUUCAAGCUUCCAGCUAGUAGUUGCAAUAAAACCUCUGCCUAAUAUCAUUAAUAAAAUGUGCUUGGCUGGAAAGUGCAAUACAAAGCAAUUGUUUCUGAGUCUGCACAGGUGGAAACCAACUCAACACAAGUAGAGGAAAUGGAUAAACUAUUUAAUGGAAGCUGGCCAUGCUUGGAUAGAUUUUGGCUGUUGACACUUUUGACCUGUAGCCUAUUGGCUGGGUUAUGGGCCCAAAACAACUGCCUCCCCAAUGGGAUAUGUAAUUGGGCUCAUUCAGGAAGGCCAAAAAGACCAUUAGGAAAGGACUGGAUAAGGCUGGAGAUGUUAUAGUCCAAAGGGCCUUUAUGGAAUCAUCUGCUUGAUGGCAACAUUGCCAAACAAGAAGAUCUUCUCAUGUAUGAUCAACUUUACUGUAUUAGAUUAGUAUUAGAUUUGCUGUGAGUUGGUUCUGUAACUGAGGUUAUGAUCCUAUUCCAUAUGUAGGCAGUUGGUAAGUUGCAGUAACAUAAUUGGUGAUAUUCUGGGAAGGUUUACCAUGAUAGGCUGUUGGCAUUGCCACCUGUAGCACUACUUCUCCAUGUCUGCCAUAGACCAUGGAGUCAUCAGAACUUGAGUGAUCCUUGCAGACAGCAGGGUGGUGUCUCAUUUCCACAAGAGUGGUGUCUCCGCUUCUCACAAGUGGUGUCUCAGCUUCCCACAAGUGUUGUCCCCAUUUCUCACAAGUGGUGUCUCAGCUUCCCACAAGUGGUGUCUCAGCUUCCCACAAGUGGUGUCUCAGCUUCCCACAAGUGGUGUCUCAGCUUCUCACAAGUGGUGUCUCAGCUUCCCACAAGUGGUGUCUCAGCUUCCCACAAGUGGUGUCUCAGCUUCCCACAAGUGGUGUCUCAGCCUCCCACAAGUGGUGAUUCAGCUUCCUGCAAGAGUGGUGUCUCAGCUUCCCACAAGGGUGGUGUCUCAGCUUCCCACAAGUGGUGUCUCAGCUUCCCACAAGUGGUGUCUCAGCUUCCCGCAAGUGGUGUCUCAGCUUCCCACAAGGGUGGUGUCUCAGCUUCCCACAAGUGGUGUCUCGGCUUCCCACAAGGGUGGUGUCUCAGCUUCCCACAAGUGGUGUCUCGGCUUCCCACAAGAGUGGUGUCUCGGCUUCCCACAAGGUUGGUGUCUCAGCUUCCCACAAUUGUGGUGUCUCGGCUUCACACAAGGGUGGUGUCUCGGCUUCCCACAAGGGUGGUGUCUCGGCUUCCCACAAAGGUGGUGUCUCGGCUCCCCACAAGGGUGGUGUCUCGGCUCCCCACAAGGGUGGUGUCUCGGCUUCCCACAAGGGUGGUGUCUCGGCUUCUCUUGCUUUUCAGGCUGCAGGUACAGAAGAAAGACACAGGGGGCAAGAGAAUCUCCCAUGUUGCCCCUGCUUGGCUGUUGCUGCCGCUUAUUAUUUCUGUAGCCUGUGAAGGAUCUGGUUUUGCAGACCCAAAGGUUAGUUUUCCCCCCUCUCUAUAUGGAGGGAAGGGACCAUCCCAUUACCCCAGUGUCCUGCUUGUGCCCCCUGUACCAACACGACGUAGGAUGUGCCGGCUCCUCCAUUGGCAUCAGUGGUCAAAGCUCAUCGGUGCCCUCUGAGUACCCUGUUUAAUAAGCUCAGAUGUAAAGCCAUACAAAUGUAUUUAUUUUAAUUUAAGACUUUUUUGUUGAAUGUGGAUAUACAUGGUUUUUACGUGAUUUUCUUUUUGUUACAUGUCAUUGUAUGGGUUUCUUGUACAUGGGAUGUUAAUAUUAAAAUCAUUUUUUUUGUA